CGUGUGAGGCGUUCAGGUGAGUCUAUCUCAGUCCCCGGACAAGUCUCUCAGACACGGUAGAGGAGACACGUGCGUUAAUGGGAACCUAUCUGUGCAGUAUUGCUUGCCUUCUGAUCCAAAGAACUGUUGUGGAGGCCUUACUUUACGAGUCAACAAACCUCUCCAACAACAUGCCUGGCAAGAGACGGUCUAAGAAGAAGGAAGUUGACGAGGAUGAGAAUUGCAGUCGGGACGAUGGUAUGGCUUUAUCAAGGAGGUCGCUAAGUAAACGACAGAGAAAAGUUGUCUCCUACAGUGAAGACAGUCCAAAGACAACAAAGGCAUCAAAAGUAACAAAGAAGAAUAUCCUCAAAGAUUCCAAUGAUAACGAAAUACCUCAGGAACAUUCAAAGUUAUCGAAGAAAUCAAAACUAAAAUCAGAAAAGACAAAACUAACAGACAUCAAAGUAGUACCGAUUAAAACAGAAGAAAAAGAGACGAAAGUAAGGAAGACUAAAGGUACAAUUAGAAGAGGAAAAAAGAAAUACAAUCAAAUUGGUGAUGAAAAGAAACUACUUGGCGGUGCAUGUGAUGGAGUUUGUAAUGGCGCAGCUGCAAACAGCAUCGACAAGUCUGCAAAAGAUGUACAGUCUGAUGAUGUAUCAGUGACAUGCGGUCAAGGUCAGGACUCAAUCUCACAGUCCCAGGAUGCAUCAGUGACAUGCGGUCAAGGUCAGGACUCAAUCUCACAGUCCCAGGAUGCAUCAGUGACAUGCGGUCAAGGUCAGGACUCAAUCUCACAGUCCCAGGAUGCUACGUUUACUGUGGGGUCACCGUCUGCACAGGAUGAUCCCGAUCUACAUUUCGAGGACAAACAUCCCUCUUGUGCCACAUCGGAAGCUACACUGGACACUAACACCACUGAAGCAAAGGAAGAUACAGCAAAAACAUACGUCAAACAGAGGGACGCACAAAACACAAGUGUCUUACAGGAGGCCAAACAGAGGGACACACAGAACACAAGUGUCUUACAGGAGGCCAAACAGAGGGACACACAGAACACAAGUGUCUUACAGGAGGCCAAACAGAGGGACGCACAGAACACAAGUGUCUUACAGGAGGACAAACAGAGGGACACACAGAACACAAGUGUCUUACAGGAGGCCAAACAGAGGGACACACAGAACACAAGUGUCUCAGAGGAGGACAAACAGAGGGACACACAGAACACAAGUGUCUUACAGGAGGACAAACAGAGGGACACACAGAACACAAGUGUCUUACAGGAGGCCAAACAGAGGGACACACAAAACACAAGUGUCUUACAGGAGGACAAACAGAGGGACACACAAAACACAAGUGUCUUACAGGAGGACAAACAGAGGGACACACAGAACACAAGUGUCUCAGAGGAGGACAAACAGAGGGACACACAAAACACAAGUUUCUCAGAGGAGGACAAACAGAAUGCGAAAGUUAUACAAGAAAACACGGAUAACAAAGUUACACAAGCAAAAACUUUGUCACGACGUGACUCACUAACCAAGAACAGGGUGUUAAUGGAUAAUGUUGAUACCAUGGCCGAGAAAGUUGCUCAGAAACUUGCAUCUCAACAAAAUGAACAUCUUCGACCUAUUCUUGACAGAAUGGACGACAUCAUGAAGAGCAACAAAAACAACAACAACACUGGAACAGUUACAGUUGCCGCCAUUAACAGUACUUCACCUCCGGCCACAGUUAACGUGUGUGGUCCUACACCUCUAGCGGCGGUGGUGGUAACAGUGGGCACGCAUGUCUCAUGA